AUGGGCAUGACGCUGACCAAGGUCGGUGCGCUCGGGGCGUUUUUCAGUGCAGACCCUGAGGCCGUCGACCACGAGAUAGCACUGAUUAACGGACGGCCUUCGCUCGAAGACCCGCAUUGGAUUCAGCAGAUUUCAAUGCGCGUAGACUCCCUCGACGAUCUACGCGACUUCAAGCGUCGCAUCCAGGCGCACGGGUACCAGCUGGACCGCAUCGUGACUCAUGCGAGCGCUAUCGGUUGCUACUUCCGUGAUCCGGAGAACAACCCCACCGAGGUGUUCUGGCUGACGGGCUAUCAGUCAUGGGCCCAGAUGGCAUCCCAAUAG